AGUUGAUUUCAGAGAAAAAGAAAGGCAGAAACCAGUUGAGAUUCCUGUACCUGGGAGAAAACAAACCCACACUCAUGCACUCAAGGCAAUUAAUCCUUGCCUGGUGUGUCUGGCCUCCUUUUGUGAAGAUCAUCUUAAAGCUCACUAUCAAUCUCGGGCUUUGAGGAAGCACAAGUUAGUUGAAACCUGUUCAGAGCUCCAAGCACGACGAUCUGCUCUCAGCACGACGAACUGAUGGAGAUCUGCUCUCAGCCUGACCAAAGCAUCAUCUGUUACUUGUAUAUAACAGAUGAACACAAAGGCCACGAUAAUAUUGCAGCUAAAGCAGAAAGAACUGAAAAACAGAAUGAGCUGAAGGUGAAGCAGAGGAUCCAGGAGAAGCAGAAGAAGGUGCAGGAGCUAAAACAGACUAUGGACACUAUUAAGAAGCGUUCACAGGCAGCAGUAGAUGACAGUGAGAGGAUCUUUACUGAGAUGAUCAUCUCCAUGGAGAAAAAGCGCUCGGAGGUGACGGAGCUGAUCAGAGCUCAGGAGAAAGCUGAACUGAGUCGAGCUGAGCGACUCCUGAAGCAACUGGAGCAGGAGAUUGCUGAUCUUCAGAGGAGAGUCACUGAGCUGGAGCAGCUUUCACACACACACGAUCAUGUCCACUUCCUCCAGAGUUUCCCAUCUCUCUGUGUUUCUCCUGGAUGUGACGACUCACCCAGCUUCACUGUCAAUCAACAUCUCUCAUUUGAUGGAAUGAGGAAAUCUCUCUCAGAUCUGAAAAAACAAGCCAAGCAAAUUUCUGCAGCCAUUCAGAUGAUUUUACCCCCAGAGCUAAAGAGCAAAGAAGAUUUUCUGCAGUAUUUCUGUGAUCUGACUCUGGAUCCAAACACACAACAUCCUCAGCUCUUUCUGUCUGAGGGGAACAGAGUGGUGACAUGCAGCAAGACAAUACAGCAAUACUUUGAUCAUCCAGAGAGAUUUGAGGUCUGGGAGCAGGUGUUGUGUAAGGAGAGUGUGUGUGGACGCUGUUACUGGGAGGUGGAGUGGAGUAGUGAGAGCUGGGUGCAUGUAUCAGUGUCAUAUAAAUGGAUCAGCAGGAAAGGACAACAUAAUGAGUGUGGGUUCGGACGCAACAGUCAGUCCUGGAGUCUGGAGUGCUCUUCUUCCUCUGUCUCUUUCUGGCACAACGACAUUAAGACUGUGCUCCAAGGUCCAGCAUCCUCCAGAAUAGGAGUGUAUGUGGAUCACAGUGCAGGAACUCUGUCCUUCUACAGCGUCUCUGACUCGAUGACGCUCCUCCACAGCAUCAAAACCGAAUUCACUUAUCCUCUUUACGCUGGCUUUUAUAUAUGGAAGCCUGACUCAACUGUGAGGUUAUGUGAUCUGAAAUGAAAUGUUACUAAAACGGCUUAGAAAGUUAUCAUUGGGGUGUCAGAUUUAAUUUCUCCCUUAGUUAGAAUGUUAAUUUUGUAUGCACAAACUGUAACGAUAAUUAAUUAUCAUUUUCUAAGUGCAUCUAUUCUGUAGUUUAAUAGAUUACAUAAAUACUCCAAGCUUGAUCAGUUUAGAGUCGCCAGUUAGCCUAACUACAGUGAUGCUUGAAAGUUUGUGAACCCUUUAGAAUUUUCUAUAUUUCUGCAUAAAUA